CUGUGAAGCUUCCAGCCUGCCUGCCGAGCGGCUUGCCUAUGAGCCGCUGGGGCCGUCACAAGCGCCAGGAGGAAGCCGAUGCGGCCAAUGCGCCAGCGCAGGCUGAGGCUGAGGAUGCGCAGGUGUCCGCCUGGCGCUCGGGGCGGCCGAAGGAGAAGGAGCUGACCAUCGACUCGAGGCUAACGCUGCGCUCGGGCCUCCGGAUGCCCCGCUUCGGCCUGGGCACCUGGCAAGCGCAGGGCGGGGAUUGCUACCAGGCGGUCCUCGAGGCGCUGAAGGUUGGCUACCGGCUGAUCGACACCGCGCAGAUGUAUGGCAACGAGGCCGAGGUAGGCCGCGCAUUGCAGGAGCUGCAGAUCCCAAGGGAGGAGGUGUUUAUCGUUACCAAGCUCACCGGCCGAGAGCACGGGCGGGUGGCAGCAGGCCACGCCUUGAGGGAGUCACUGGAAAAGCUCAAGCUGCCCUAUGUGGACCUGUUUUUGAUCCACAGCCCCCGAGGAGGUCUCCUCAUCGAGACGUGGGAGGCCAUGCUUCACCUGCGGGACGCAGGUCUCACCAAGGCCGUGGGCGUGUCCAACUUCGGGCCCCAGCAUUUGCGAGCGCUGCAGGCGCUGGGGAAGGAGCUGCCGGAGGUGAACCAGAUUGAGCUGCACUGCGGCUGGCACCAGAAGGAGACAGUUGCCUGCUGCCAAGAGCUGGGCAUCGCCGUGAUGGCCUACUCUCCGCUGGCCCGGGGCAAGCUUUUCGGCGGCCCCCUGCGACAGGUGGCGUGGAGCGGCACAGAAGCGGGGCUUUGUAUCCGCUGGGCCCUGCAGAAGGGCUACGUGGUGAUCCCCAAGUCCGUGACGCCGGAGCGGAUCCGCAGCAACGCCACAGUCUUCCAAACCUCCCUAGAUGCGGUUCAGAUGGAGCAGCUGGAGUCGCUGGACCGGGGCCUGUGCACCUGCCCGGCGGCCCGUGCCAUGGAUCUGCCCUGGGCGGAGGUGGCGGACCGGAAGCCCAAGGGCAAAGGCAAAGGCAACUCGCAGCCACAAGCUCGUUUGCCCACCCGGGGCGAGACCUGGGUGGAUGCGCUCAGAUGAAAUGCGCGGAAGCCAUUGGGAGGCAUUUGGCUUGCUGAUCUCAACGGAUGGGCGCUAACUAGCUGAGAACAGAUAUAUAGCA